CAAUCUGGCAUCGCUGGGCAGUAACGACUUCUUUCUUCGCUGUCCCUCGCCCCCCAAAAGAUCAGCCUCCUCUCCACUAAUGCUUUGCAGAGUAGCCGUGGUGUGUGGAUUGGCUAGGACGAAAGUAUCCAUUGGGUGGCAGUAACAGCAUCUUCUUUAUGACUUGCAGCAAAGGCGAGAAUGCAUUCAAUCAAAUGAGCCGAUCUUGUAGAAACACUGGAAUCGUUUAUGCAUUGCAGUUUCUCUCUCUCUCUCACUCACUCUCACCCUCUCGCUCUCUGCUUGCCUCCCUCCCUCCCUCCCUCCCUCUCCCUUCCUUCGAAUAUUUGGGGUGGGUUGCUCUUCUUCGUCGCGACCGGCUCUUUGGGUUUUGCUCACUUGUCAUUUUCACAGAAGAUUAGCAUCACUCAGGGCAAACGGACAACUGUGGGAUUCCCCCCCCCCCCCCGCAUUUGCUUUUUUUCUGGGGGGAGAGGAUCCCCCCUCCCGUGUCGAUUGGGAGUGUUAGGACCCAGGAGACAUCCUCUCAAACAGCAGGGGCUGUGUGCUUUCCACGUAGCAGUACAGUACAAGGAAAACCCCUGUCGGAUCCGUUAUUGUAGGAUACUUGUGAAAUAUACCUAGGAUUCUUGCUUUCUGAUGGCUGCGUGGCGGGCUUGGGAUUUUUACAUGUGCGCCGGGAGGUGUUGAAAAGGCUCCAUGCUCGCAAUCCAGGACUCGUUUCCUUGUCCUAGAGCUCGCAGACAUCUGGGUUCUCAGUCUUUUCCUCUUGCUUUCCCCCUCUCCAGGCAGGUUUUUCCCCCCUCUUGAUUUUAAUUUCUGCUUCCCACCUGGAUUGUACCAUCCGCGAGCAACCUGGCCACUUUGAGAACUAGCAGGAGGCGCAUCUUGCAAAGGAUCUUUCGCUCUAUAUGGAAUUAUCUGUUUGGAUGGUGAACUUGGCACUUGUGAAUGGGCAUCUCCGUCGCCUUAUUAAUUGCUAGCAAAACAGGGGGGGAAAAAUACCCGGAGGAGUUAAAAACAAACAAAAAAACGUGGAUUCCCUGACUACGCAUUGUGAUGACCAGCAAUUACCUUACUGACUGAUACCAGGAGACGAAUAUUUUGCAAGACUGUGGUGGGAAUACAGAAGAAAUCCUGUCUCUGUACAAGUCAGGGAACAGCCUUGGAGAACUGGAAGAUGAAAGCUCCUAUUCCUCACUUAAUCCUCUUGUAUGCUACUCUCGUUCAGAGUUUGAAGGUUGUGACCAAAAGGGGCUCAGCUGAUGGAUGUACUGAUUGGUCAGUGGAUUACAAGAAGUAUCAAGUCUUAGUGGGCGAACCUGUUCGUAUAAAAUGUGCAUUGUUUUAUGGAUAUAUAAGAGCAAAUUACACCCUAGCACAAAGCGCUGGACUAAGUUUGAUGUGGUACAAAAGCUCUGGACCUGGAGAUUUUGAGGAACCUAUAGCUUUUGAUGGAACUAGAAUGAGCAAAGAGGAAGAUGCCAUUUGGUUUCGCCCAACCAUGGCACAAGAUAGUGGACUUUAUGCAUGUGUCAUAAGAAACUCUACCUACUGUAUGAAAGUAUCCAUUUCGCUGACAGUGGGUGAAAAUGACACUGGCCUCUGCUACAAUUCAAAGAUGAAAUACUUUGAAAAAGCUGAACUUAGCAAAAGCAAAGAAAUCUCAUGCCCUGACAUACAGGAUUUUUUAAUGCCAUAUAGAGAGCCUGAAAUCCUGUGGUAUAAGGAAUGUCAAGUCACAACCUGGAGACCAAGUAUUCUGUUCAAAAAGGACACCCUUGUUCUCCGGGAGGUCAGAGAAGAUGACAUUGGAAAUUAUACCUGUGAAUUAAAAUACGGACUGUUUGUUGUCAGAAGAACGACAGAAUUAACAGUGACAGCACCACUAACAGAAAAACCACCAAAGCUUUUGUACCCUUCAGAGAGUAAACUGACAAUUCAGGAGACACAGCUGGAAGAACAGACCCUGCUGAAGGAGAACCAGAAUGGCAUAUGCAAAGGCCAUUCUACUAAUCUAACCUGUCGAGCAUUCUUUGGAUACAGCGGAGAAGUCAGUCCUUUAAUGUACUGGAUGAAAGGCGAAAAGUUUAUUGAGGAUUUGGAUGAAAGUCGGGUUUGGGAAAGUGAUAUUAGAGUUCUUAAGGAGCAUCUUGGAGAACAGGAAGUUUCUAUUUCAUUAAUCCUUGAUUCAGUGGAAGAAGGAGAUCUCGGAAAUUAUUCAUGUUACGUUGAAAAUCGAUAUGGCAGCAAACAUGCCACCGUCAUUUUACUGAAACGGGAACUGAUGUAUACAGUUGAGCUUGCUGGCGGGCUUGGUGCUAUUCUGCUGCUGCUUGUUUGUUUAGUGACUAUCUACAAGUGCUACAAGAUUGAGAUUAUGCUAUUCUACAGGAAUCAUUUUGGUGCUGAAGAACUUGAUGGAGAUAACAAAGAUUAUGAUGCAUAUCUGUCAUACACCAAAGUGGAUCCUGACCAGUGGAAUCAGGAAACUGGGGAGGAAGAACGGUUCGCUCUUGAGAUCUUACCAGAUAUGCUUGAAAAGCACUAUGGGUACAAGUUGUUUAUUCCAGAUAGAGAUUUGAUUCCAACUGGAACAUACAUUGAAGAUGUGGCAAGAUGUGUAGACCAAAGCAAGCGACUGAUUAUUGUCAUGACUCCAAAUUAUGUGGUAAGAAGAGGCUGGAGUAUCUUCGAACUGGAAACAAGACUUCGAAACAUGUUAGUUACGGGAGAAAUCAAAGUGAUACUGAUUGAAUGCAGUGAACUCCGGGGAAUUAUGAACUACCAAGAAGUUGAAGCCCUGAAACAUACUAUCAAGCUCCUUACUGUUAUUAAAUGGCAUGGACCAAAAUGCAACAAGUUGAAUUCCAAAUUCUGGAAACGUUUACAGUACGAAAUGCCUUUUAAGAGGAUAGAACCCAUCACACACGAGCAGGUUUUAGAUGUCAGUGAGCAGGGGCCUUUUGGGGAACUGCAGACAGUCUCAGCAAUUUCCAUGGCUGCUGCUACCUCCACUGCUCUUGCCACUGCCCAUCCUGACCUGCGCUCCACCUUUCAUAACACAUAUCAUUCCCAGAUGCGCCAGAAACACUAUUAUCGAAGCUAUGAAUACGACGUACCUCCUACCGGCACCCUGCCUCUUACCUCAAUAGGUAACCAGCAUACCUACUGCAACAUCCCUAUGACACUUAUUAAUGGGCAGCGGCCACAGACAAAAACUAACAGGGAGCAGAAUCCCGACGAGGCUCAUACAAACAGUGCAAUACUGCCACUCUUACCGCGGGAAACCAGUAUAUCCAGUGUCAUUUGGUGACAGGAAUGCAAGGGGGAACUCCGCCCCCUUGUGUAGAGUCUAAGUCUGCAGUCUGGUGCCUGGAACUACAUCCUCGACUGCUGCUGUUAAACAUGCAUUACAAUCUAUGACAUAUGAGGAAAAACAGGGUCUUGUACAUAUGUUUUUGCAAAUUUCUUUGUAGCAUCAGUCUUCCUGUUUUACCCAUGUCUCUUGCCAUUUACAUUUUUGACUUUGUUUUAUAUGUCAUUGGGAUUUGUAUAUUUACAUUUUUAAAAAAAGAAAAAUGAAGAGACUGCUGUAUAGAUAGGAAUUUUUUUUUCUUCAUUAGUAUAGUUUGGGUGUUAUUUUUUUACAUUUCUUGGGAAUGCUUGGACAAAGCUCUGUUGAGUCCAGAAACACUAUCCGUUUUGUUGGUCUGCCUAGCCUGAUACCCAGAGGCCAUGCUUGCAGCAAUUCACCUGUGUGUGUGUGUGUGUGCGUGUGUGUGCGUGCGCGUGUGUGUGAACACUUGUUCUUAGAAUGCCCCCACCGAUGACUCAUAGCCCUAUCUUCCUUCAUUAUUCCACUCACUGCUACACUAUACCCCUCAACCCUUGCCCUUUUUACUGCACUGCACUGGGUGAAAUUACAGAUGGUCCAAUUGUCUAACAUUUCACAUAGUAAGUAGUUGUGGAACAAAGAAAAAAAAAUACCCAGUCUGUAUCACUUGCUUCACAAUAACCACUAUGUCCACUAUGGAGUAUGUAGAAAGAAAAAUAGGAUUUUGUUUUAUUUUAUGAGUUGAUUGUAUUCCUUUUAUAUAGAGAUAACAUGCCAACUUAAAUUCAUUCACUUCCUGAGAAAGUGUUGGAUGCGUCUGUGACUCCCCCCUCCCCCAUUUCUUUUUUGGUUGAGAUCAAUGGUACCGUUUCUUGCUUUAAAUUCUUCAAAUGAGAUUAUUUACAUUUUGUCAGACAAGUAAGGCAAUAGGCACUGAAGUGCACUAAAUCCCCCAGAGAUUUACAGUGAUGGCUUCCAAACCAAAGGAGAGCAGAAGGACAAUAUCAAAUAUGGUUUGUCACAUUGUAUUAUAGAAAAUGCUGUCUUAAGAAGUAUGAGAACAUUCUUUUGCAGCCGAUUUUGGAGUCCCCAUGUGUAUUAAAGUUUGGUUGUCAUCUUUUCUUUUCAUUGAUAUAUCCAGAAGUUAGCAUUCUUUAUUAUUCAUUAUAUAUCUCUCUUUUUGCUUGUAAUAAUAAUUUAGGAUUUUUUUUUUUAAUUCCAAGGUUGUUUAAGGAGAUCUCAGGAGGUUGCAAAAGUAAAUACCAACAAACAUCAAUAUUUUAUACAAGAUUAAUAUUUAAAUCAGACCCAGAAAUGUUGGAAACAAUUAAUGUUACUGAAUAAAAUAAACUAGUUUUAUUUUAAAUGUAUGAUUUCCUCUUUAAAAAGUGAAAGAAAGAACAUGCAUCUUGGCUCCGGGAAAUAUUCUUUGCAUAAACCUCAGGACUGAACUUUGCCUAUAUGGAAGUCAAUGAGAGUUUGUCGUAGACUUAACAGAGCCAAAAUCUAACUCCUCAUUCACCCAGUAUUAACACAAUCAGCAUAAAUAUUUACAAAUACUGAUGCAACUGUCAUAUUUCCUAUAAGAACUGGGCAGGGGUAAUAGUAGAAUAUUAUGUUAAUAUAGCAUUAAAUAAUUGGGAGCACAUUUCUAAUAAUGUAAACUGAUAAAGUAAAACACUGAUGUUGGGUUAGUUUACAUCUGAAGACAAUGUAAUUUUUUUGUGUUGUUUUGCACUUAUAAUGCAACAAUUCGACUGCUGAAAAACACUUUUGAUAUUAUGGAAUUUCUCAUCAUUUGAAAGAAGUUUCCUAAAUAGCUAACCAGCAGCCAAUAUACUGGAUGUUGUGUGUUUUGUUUGUUCUGACUUUCAUCAUAAAAAAGAAAAACCAAGUUAUAUUUUAGUUUGGAUAAGAUGCAAUGUGGUGAAACUAUGUGCAACCUGCAGUCUAGAAGUGUGUGUGGGCUUCAAACAUACAUGAGAAAAAAGCCAGUUCAUGAUAUAAACGGUAAAGAAGCAUCUGCAAUCCAAGUUCAAGAAGUUCUAGAAUGUACUUUGACAUUUAUUUGCUUAACCAAUAUUCAUUUCUGUGACAGUUCACUCAGGUCCUUUUCUGUUGUUAUUUUGCGUGUGUGUGCCCGCCUUCCCUGCUCCCCCAAAAACCUUGGACAUGUGCCAAAUAAAUUGCAUCAAGCAAAUAAAGCUGCUAGGACAGAUAAAAUCUGAAGGCAGCGGUGCACAUUUCAUUCUUUGGAAAUUUAAGAUGGCUAUUAUUUAUUAUAGAACCUGCCAGGUACUGAUGGAAUUUAAUGGCCUUUGACGGGAUUCCAAAUCUCAGAUCCUCUCCCUUCAAAUACCCAACAAAAGGUAAAUCAGUGCAAUGGCUUUUUCCUUUAUAUUUUUUCAACUUAAAUCUGGGUUAUGAAGUUAGUAUAGAGCAUAGCAAUCUGACCACAGCAACACUGUAGGUGUUAGCAAGACUGAUUUCUUUUCUUAAAGUUUUGACAGGAAUACUUUUUUCUUCUAUUUUUAAUGUAGAUUUAAGCACUUUGAAUAGCAUGAUUCAGGGAUUGAUGGAUACUAUUUGAUAUUCACACAACUAAAGAAAAGAUUUUCUUAUAAUGCUUUGUCAUAUUAUUAAAUAAAAACAAACAAGAAAGAAAGAGUGUGUGAGAGACAGAGACACAGAACGAAUGGAGAAGCCAGUUCUGGCUUUAGAAACAUUCCACCCAAUAAUUUCUCUUCUAUAAACAGCUCUGUGUGAGAAACAAUAAAAGGAACUGUCAUAUGUUCACUUACUCAAUGUUUGACUAAAGUUCUGUUAGAACACAAAAUAAAAAGAAAAAAAAUGCCCUA